GCGGGGCCUGCUGUGUCCCAGCAGGGCACCCUGCGCCCUCUCAUCCCGGGGGGACGGCGGACGGCUGGCGGGGCCCCGGCUCCCUCUCUUCCGCGCUCUCGCACCCGCGGCGGCUCCAGGCCGGGUGGCGGCGGAGAUGUUUGCCAACGCUAAUAUACCUGAUGAAAUACCUGCCUUUUUUCUGCUCAAGAUGCUGGUUUAAUUGAUUUAUUUUCCCCAUAAGUGUGGGAAGUCAGAAAAAUAAAGGUUCUCAAUAAAAAUAGUGUGAGUAUUGGAGGAGAGUAGCCAUCUGACUUUGGUUACUCAAGAUGCAGAAGAGACAAGGAUAUUGCAGCUAUUGCCGUGUGCAGUAUGCUAACCUGGAACAGCAUUUGUUCAGUGCUCAGCACAGAAGUUUGACCAGACAGAGUAGACGUCGAAUAUGUCCCAACAGUUUGAUGGAACGCUUCUUGCAGGAUGUACUGCGACACCACCCAUAUAAUUACCAAGACAGCAGAUCAGCACAAAAUGAGGCACCUGCUGCAAAUCCUGGAUCACCUGACUUGGUUGUUUUGGAUGAAUUUAUUCCUGAAGAAAAGGAUGAAGAUACUACUGAUAGCAGUGAAGAGAUGUACUCCGAUGAUUCUGAAUCUGAUGAAGAGCUGGAUUGUGGACCUAUUAAUUCUCAGGAGUGUGCAGACGAGUUUUCAAUUCGGCCAUCAGUUAUCCAGAAACUGGAGAAGGGACAGCAGCAGUCCUUGCCGUUUGUUCAUAACAUUGAGAGUGGUAUGAAAAAAAUUAAUCCAGUAGAAAUUGGUCAAGCUACAAAUAAUGGGAAAAAAUUAAUUCGCCCCCCAGUGAUUUGUAAUGCUCCUGCUAGUCGUUUAUCUAAAAGCUCUUAUCAAAGACCACUUGCAGCUAAGACUACUAGGUUAGCACUAGCAGUCUCUUCAGAAUCACUUAGCCCAUGUUAUCUAAACAGUGAACCGUUCUUUGAUCAGCUAGAUGAGGCUUCUGGGUCAUCUAACCCAGGAACUUCUUCAGAAAAGCCUAAAGAAUCAAAUAAGAAAAGCGUAUGUAUAAAUUUAGAUAAAUGGCUUUCACAGAAAAAUGCAAAAUCUAAGGGCGAAUCUCUGACACCUGUCUUUAAAUUCCGUGAAAUUAAAAGCACUGAGGGUUCUGUAAGUGUUGUAAGUGUUGAGUCUUCUUCAGAAUCAGCAGCAAAUUCAGCAAAAUUGAAUAAAACUGACAUACCUUCUGAUAAAGGAAUCUCUGCAGAUGCUAUUCCAGAGCACCAUGAGGAAUCCUUUUCAAAUACAGAUUGUACCCCCAAAGAAAAGCAACCCGAUUUAAACAAGCCAGCAACUUUGAAACAGAAGUGCUCUGUGAAUUCUGAAAGGAAGUUUGCAUGGCUCCUUGAGUCAACGUCUGAUCAAUUCCAAAAGGCUGUACAAGGCUUAAAGCUUUCCAAUGAAGAUCGAGUUGACCAAGAAGAUGAAAACUACGAAGCUAGAGCUUCUGAAAUGAGCUUUGAUUGUGGUUCCUCUUGUCAUUCACUGACUGCCCUCUCUGAACUGACUGCCAGAGAAAUAAACCUUUCAGAGGAAAUACCUGCUGAGGUGCAGGAUAAGAAUAAUAAAUCUGGUUUUUCUAAAACAGCUGCAGGUGGUGUUUGCAUUGAUUCUGUUGAGGUGGUUACCAGUCAGUCUCAAGUGAUUGAUAAAGAAAUAAGUCGUCAGAAUACAAAACGUGUUAGCUUGGUUGAUGAAAGCUAUGAUUCUAGUGGCUCUGAAAUGAAUUUUGAUAGUGGUGACUCACUUCAGUCAACUAAUGAUUAUCCCCAAAAGCCUGAAAAAGAAGGAAGCCUUCCUAAGAAAGUGCAUAUUGAGUUGGUUGAUAGGAGCUAUGGAUCUAGUAGCUCUGAAGUAAGUGAUGACUUCUCACUUGAUGAACCCCCAGUGGUUGUCACAGAAAUAAAAUGUAGGAAGAAGGCUCACAUUAGUUUGGUUGAUGAGAGCUAUGGAUCAAGUUUUUCUGAAGCAAGUUCUGAUAGUGAUGCUUCUCUGGACCAUCCCCAAAUGACUGUCAAAGAAAGAAACCUGAAAGAUAGACCUGUUCACCUAAAAAAUAAGAAACGAAAACCCAGUGGUGCUAAAGCACAUCUUGAUUGUGACGUGUCUCUUGAGACCGUGACUGAUGAACCCCAGAGGGAUAUUGAAGAGGUAAAUCUUCUGAAAGAGAAGAAUGCUGACCUUGUGGAUAUGAACUGUGAGUCUCAUGGUCCUGAAAUGGGUUUUCAUGCUGAUGCUCAAUUAGUGGCUGAUCAAUCUCAAGUAGCAGUUAAAGAAGUAAACCCUCAGAAAGUAGAUAUUGAUCUAGAGAUUGAGAGUAUUCGAUUUAGCAUUUCUAAUCUAAGUUUUGAUUCUCAUGCUUUUCUUUAUCAGUCAGCUAAUGAUCAACCUCAAGGGGCUUUGGGUGAAGUAAAUCUUAAAGAGUUAAAUGUCGACAUGGAAGUUAAGAGCAAUGGGUGCUCCAGUUCUGAGUUGACAUUUGAUUCCGAUUCCCCUCUUCUGUCAGUUACUGAGCUGGAUGUUGAAAGAAUAAAAGAAGAUCACAUUAACCUGGAAGAUGAGAGCUGUGAGUCAAGUAGUUCUGACAUAACUUUUGAUUCUGAUAUUCCUAAUUUCUCAGUAGUUGACCAACCUGAAGUAGCUGAUUAUGAGGAGGAACCUGUUGAUCUGGAAAAUAAGAGUAAUGAAUCUUGUAUUUCUGAAAUAACUUUUGAUUCUGAUAUUCCUCUUCAUUCAGGAAAUGAUCCACCUGAAGUAGCUGUUGAAGUAAUCAUUCAGGAAGAAGAAUACGUACACUUAGAAAGGAAGAAUGACAUACCCAGUGAUUGUGAAAUAAAUUUGGAUUUUUGCCCUCUUCCUUCAGUGACUAAUCCUCCCGAAGUAACUGUUAAAAAGCAAAAUUCUCAAAAAGAAGAGCAGGUACAUGUAAAAAUUAAGGAAAACAUGCCUGCUGAUUCUGAAUUAAGUUUGGAUUAUAUUUUUCACUCAAAUCCUGGACAUUCUGAAGAUCCUGUUAAAGACAUAAACUUUCAACAAGAAGAACACAUACACUUAGAAAACAAGAGUAAUGAAUUAAAUGUUUCUGAAACAGGCUUGGAUUCUGAUACUUCUAUUCAUUCAGUUAUUUACAAACCUCAAGUAGUUGUUAAAAAUAUAUGGCUUCAAAAAGAAAAGCAUGCUGAGUUACAAAGUAAAAGUGCUGAAUUUAAUGGUUCUGUAAUAAAUUCAGGUUCUAGGGUCCUUCAUUAUCCAGUGACAGAACCUCAGAGAGCUGGUAAAAAAGCAAAGAGAAAGACAAAGCAUAUUGUAGAAGAGAAGAGUGAUAAAUAUGGUGCUUCUGAACUGAUUUUGAAUUCUGAUGUCCUUCCUCAGUUAAUCACACAAAAACCUCAACUAGCUGUUUUGAAGGAGGGCCAUGCUGACCCAGAAGAUGAAAGUACUCAAUUUAGAGGUUUUGAAAUGAAUUUGAAUAUUGAUGGCUUUCUUCAUUCAGUCACUGAUCAACCUCAUCUGGCCUUUUGGAAGGAAAAGCAUGUUGAUCUGAAAGACAGAAACAGUAAACCUAGUGAUUCUAAAAUAAGUUUUAAUUCUGUUGACUCUCUUCAGUCAUUGUCUAAACAACAUCACAAAGCAAUUACAAAAAUAAACCUGUGGAAGGAAGAGGCCAUUGGCCUUAAAAAUAAGAUUAGUGAACCUAAUGGUUCAAAAGUAACACAUGAUUCUGAUGUUUUUUUUCAGUCUGUAGCUGAUCAAACUGAGGUAGCUGUUAAACAAAUAAACCUUGAGAAUGAAGAUCAAAUGUACUUGGAAACUAAGAGCAGCCAAUAUAGUUGUUCUGAAACAAGUUUUGAUUCUGAUUUCUUGGUCCAGUCAAGAGUUAAUCAACCUAAAAUAACUAUUUUGGAAUCAAAGCACAUUGAGCAAGAAAGUAAGUGCAAUCAGUCUUGUGAUUCUGAAGUUUUUGAUUCUGGUGAAUGUCUUCAGUCAGUGACAGAAUCUCAAAGAACUGGUAAAAAAGCGAAGAGAAAGAAGAAGCAUAUUUUAGAAUAUGACCAGCUUAGUGACACCAGAAAAGAAAUGGAUCUUUGGAAGAAUGAAAACAUUGACGUAGAAGGUGAACAGGAUGAAGCUAAGGGUUUUCAAAUUACAUAUGAUUCUGAUGUCCUUCAGCCAGUGGCUGGCCAAACUGAAGUAGCUCAGGAGACCAACCUUUGGAAACAACAUGUCAACUUGGAAGAUAAGAGUGUCAAACCUAGUGAUUCAAAAAUAAAUUUUGACUCAGAUGACCCUUUUCAGUCUGUGAUUAGUAAAAUUCAAGAACCUGUUAAAGAAAUAAAUCUUCUGAGGGAGGGACAUGCUUAUAUGGAUGAUAAGGGCUAUGAACCUUGUGGUUCUGGAAUAAUUUAUGUUCCAAGUACCCCUUUUUGCUCAGUGAUUCAGCAACCACAAAUUUUGCAAGAAGGGCAUGCCAAUUUGGAAAUUCAGAGCAGUGAUCCUUGUGGUCGUGAAAAAGCUUUUGAUUCCAAUGAUCCUUGUCAUAGUAGUGAUCCUUGUGGCCGUAAAAUAACUUUUGACUCCAGUGAUCCUUGUCAUAGCAGUGAUCCUUGUAGUCAUGAAAUAACUUUUGACUCCAAUGGUCCUUGUCAUAGUAGUGAUCCUUGUAGUCAUGAAAUAACUUUUGACUCCAAUGAUCCUUGUUGUUCAGCGGCUGACCAGCUUCAGAAGGCUAUCAAAGAAAUGAAUCUGAAAGAAGACCAUAUUUACCUGGAAGAUAAGAGUUAUAGGCUAGUUGAUUUUGAAGCAAGUUAUGAUUCUGAUGUUCCUGUUCAGCUUGUAGUGGAUCCAUCUGUGGAGGAUGUGUCUGAUAAGGAAAUAAACUUGCAAAAGGAGGAUCACAAUGACCUAGAAAAUAAGAACUAUGAACCCCAUUGUUCUGAAAUAAGAUAUGACUCUGGUGUUCACCUGCAGGCAGAAAUUGAACCACCUCAAGUGACUUGCAGUGAAACAAACCUUCAGGAGAGAGAGCUUCUUGACAUGGAAGAGAAGUCCAAUGAACCUAGUGACUCUGAAAUGAUGUAUGAUUCUGAUGUCUCUUUUCAAAUAGUAGUUAAUCAAGUCCAAACAUCAGAUGGAGAAGCAGAUUCUCCACAGGUGGUGUUUGUGGAUGUGGCAGCCAGUGAUAGUGAUUGUGAUCGUGAAGUAAUUUCUGAUUCUAAUGUCCCUCUUCAGCCAGUUACUGACCCACCUCAGAUGACUGUCAAAGACACCAGCCCUGCAAACUCUGUUCGAUACUGUGAAUUUUGUGGUUGUAAACUAAGAAAUGAUUAUGCAGCCUUUCCUCAGUCGGUGAUAAACCAGUCCAAAGAGAGUUUCAGAAUAAUAAACCGGAAGAAUGACUAUAUUAUUCUAGGAGACACCACUUGUCAGUCUUGUGGUUAUGAAAUAAAUUUUAACGUUAAGGUUUCUGAUCAGUCCAUGUCUUACCAGUCACAAGGGCCUGAUCAAAAUUGUGUUGACUCAGAAGAGAAAAGAAAUUUUAAUUUGGAAGACACUUCUCAGCCAGUGACUCAUCAGCUACAGAAAGCUGAUGAAGUCAACCUUUGGAGAGGUCUAAAAAAUACAGACCUACAAGAUAAGAGCUGGGAAUCUGGUGUUCCUGUAGUGGACCGUGCUGCUUUUGCUGUGUCAGUGAUCCAACAUACAUCUAAUAUAGUCAACCCUUUGAAUUUAAAAUGUCCAGAUCUACAAAGUACAAGUUAUAAAUCUUAUGGUUCUGAGAUGAAUUUUCAAAAUGAUCCUUCUCAUCAGUCUAACACUGACCAGCCUCAAGAAGCUGUUAAGAAAAUACGCCGACGUAAGAAGGUAACUUUUGACCUGAGAGAACAGAUCUAUACUUACCCAUCAAGCCCUGUUCCCAUGGUUGAUUCUGUAAGGAACCUGGAAGAAGCAAGGGAGUUUGCAGAUGAUCCUAAUGAACCAGUUUUUGAAGGCUUGCCUUAUGUCCCACCUCCAUUUAUGGAAAACACAUGGUCUCAGAAAACAAGAGAAGAUGAUAUAGAAAUUAAUACCCUUAUGGAGGGAUUUACGGAAGGUCAUUCCCACUGUUACUUUGAUGAUGACUCUGAGACCAAAAAAGUUUUUUUGAAUGAAGAAGAAAAGACUACCUGGUCUGACUUUAAUCAGGACGCUGCAUCAAUUCAGGCUCUGUCAGAAGUUGUUGAAGGUAGAAUUGCAGAUAUUGAUAACUUUUCAGUGGCCUUAGAUAAACCAUCCUCUCAUUUUUCUCCGGCAGAGGGGCUUCAUCAACAAAAUUGGCACGUGACUUCUCAGAGCCAGACAGUAAAAGCCAACCCUGGAACUCAACCUAGUUUUAUGAAUUACCCAUUGAAGAAAAGAAAAAUAAAUAUACAAGAAGAAGAAUCACCCAAAAAGAAGUAUUUGCAGAAUGACAGUAAGGAAAAAAAAAAACCCAAAAUUGGGACAGUUGAAUUUCCUAUACCACAAGCUAAAGUUUUGGACCCUGUACAGUCUGGUUCCCUAGUCUGUGUUCCUUCUUUAAAUACCGAACCGAAGAUAAGUGAAUCCUUCAAUGCACCUAAAAUGAAGCACUGUAAUUGUGAUAAUGACUUACAGUUUGUAUGCACAUGUAACAAUCCAUUGCUUAUGAAAACUGUAAUUAAUUCUCCACAGAACCUAGUGGUUCCAGACUUUGACAGACAUGAGAGGGUUGACAUUGAUUUUAACAGGAGUGAUCUGAGUGCCAAUGCUGGAGAGAGUGGUGGUAACAUGCAAAACCUCGCUCCAACAUCUUUUAUGACAAUACCAGCAAGAUACGAAUUAAGGUCACGUCAUAGGAUCAGUGAAUCUUAUGCAUUUCUAGAAAAUUCAGAGUAUGCAAAUGCUAGUGAGGUUCCAAAGGAUAGUAUUUUUCAGCCAACUCUUUUAAAUACUGAUGCUGCCAAGAUUUCUCCCAAAUCAGUUAGAAGUGAAUUUUUGGGAAAUAAAAAUAAAAAAAUUCGAAGAAGGAAAGUGGCAACUAGAAAUAAGUCAAGGUUGUCCCGAAACCGCUCUAAAGCAGUUACUGCCCUGCAAAAUUCUGCAUUAAUUUCGGAAAAACUGACAAUUUGGGUUCUGAUGAAAGCAAGUGGAGUAAUUAAAAAGUAUAUUUCUAGAGACUCUGUUUUUAUGCAUCGUAGGUGUCAACACAGGGUCAGUCUUCUUGGAAACCAUCUUAAGAAGAAAAUAUCUCUUGCCAAUAGGAUUAAGAAGAUGAAGAGGGCAGCUAAAAUGCUUUGGAAGUCAUCAGUUCCAUCAGUUGGUGCUGAAGAGCACUUAAGAGCUAUUGCAGGUCCUUCUCCAAAGCAGCCUGUGCAGCAUCCUUCCAGUGCUGAAGCAAGGAAGAAGCACGAUAACAGAAGUUACCCCCGCAGAAAGAAAAAGCCUGCACCUGUUAGAGAAUAUGAUUUGAGAAGUUCGUGUUUCAUACCAGAUUCUGAUAGAAUGGUGACUCGGCUUGCAAGUAAAUUGAGAGGUAAUGAGGUAAAAUAGAAGUUUUUGUGUCAUGGCUAGUGGAGAAUUCAGUACUUCAUUUGAAACACAUUUGGAACUUUAGUGCACAUAGUUUUACCAACUUUGGUGGAAAACUGACAAACUAUUUUGCUAUAGAUAUUAUUUUUCAGAACUUUUAUAUUCAUUUAAAAUCAGUGUUUUAGAGUCCUUUUUUUUUUAAGAGUCAAAGACAACCUUUGUCCAUUUUCUGUAGAAGAGCUUCAUCUUAAUUUGUUGUUAUAAUUUAGCAUAGUAUAUUGAAUUUUGUUCCUUAAAUAAUGUCUUUAUUUGUUUUUUAUGAUAAUCUUUUGUGCCAGCAAGUUACACAUUGGGAGAAUGAACAUAGUAAACUUAUUAAUGACAUCUUUAAAAAAAAUUGGAACAAAUACAUAUGUACCUGGAGUCUACAUGGUUCAGAGUAACAUUACCAAUAUGGUAUUCUAGCUACAUAACUAGAAAGAACAAUGUAUCUUCUCAGCUUUUGAGCACAAUUGACGUAAGUGAUCACAAACAAAAUAUAAUUUAUCUUUCUUUUAAAAGCAGUCCAGAAAAUGAGAAUCCAUAAUCUUUAAUCCAGUUUUUAAAAAGUGCCUGGUGAUUUUAUGGAUAUAACAGAAAUUCUCCUUCAUUUAAAUUGAUCUGCAAAUCUGUAACUUUCCUCAUUUGGACACAUGUACACAUACAUCUCUUCUUUAGCAUUAUUAGAUCUUAAUGAUGAAAAAGACUUCGCUAAUUAGGUUCCAUUUUAACCACCUUUAACUCCCUGUUACAUGAAGGGUUGGUGGUUUAGUAUGAAAAUACAGGUAAUUUUAUGGCCUUAUCUCUUAAUAUUAUCUUAGACAGUAUAUUAUUACUUUAAUAACUUGACCUGAGAUUAUUGGUUUGAUAGUAUUAUUUUGGCAGGCCACUAAUUGUGGUCACCAGUAAAUAACUUAACAUUUCAAAAAAUUGAAUAAAACUAGUAACCUCAGUGGAGGCCCAUUUUACAAGUAAAAAACUAUUUGUAUGUUAGCUUAUCUUAAACUAUCUAAUUGAUUUUCUUUAACUAGUUAGAUAGUCUAAGGUAAACUAACUUGAUAAUUUCUCAUGAACUACCUAAUUGAUUUCAAUAAUUCAGAUGAAAGAUGUUCAGAUAAACUGUAUAAAUCUAGGGUCCUCAAACAUACUUAGAUCCUU